CGACGGCCAAUACAUCUGAUCCUGGACUGGGAUGGCACCCUGACUCGCAAGGAUACAUUGUCCUUAGUCGGCAGUAUAGCAUAUCAUGCCAAUUCCUCUAGAUCUCUACCACCAUGGUCAGACUUUGUGAAUGGAUACAUGAACGACUACACCGAACACACAUCCCGCUACGAACCUUCCUCAUCUGCUAGAACCACAUUCGAUCAAGAACGACAAUGGUUGGCCAGCCUGACCCCCAUCGAAAACAAAAGCGUGCAACGCGUCGAAUCCAGUCGCAUAUUCAAAGGUGUCAAAGCUAGCCAUGUCGACCAAGUUGCUGCUUCAUCCAUUGAAAAUAGUGACUUGCAGCUCCGCAACGACUGGUAUUCGUUAUUCCAGACUUUGCUUGACAACCCAACCAAUAAGAUCAGCAUCCUAAGUGUGAACUGGAGCGAAAGGUUUAUCCGCCAAUCUCUUCUCGCCGCAUCUUCAAAACUCACAUCUCCGGCGAGCGAGGCAUUGCACUCCUAUGUCACUAACAUGGACAUCAAAGCAAAUGAGAUCUCCGACCUCGAAUCUACAGAAGGAAGUGACGGUAGACUGUCCAAAGACUCGAGCGCCGGUAUACGUACUUCCGCAGACAAAUUAUCGCAUCUUCCCCUUCGAUGCCAGCGACAUGUUGAGAUGUGUGCACCGAAGAGAGGACUGGAGGAGCAGCAGGAUGAUCUUGUGGUCUACAUCGGAGAUUCCGUCACCGAUCUCGAAGCUUUACUUGCUGCAGACGUGGGCAUUUGCAUCAGGGAUGAUCCGAUGGGAAGCAGUCAGCGGGAAUUGGCUGAGACGCUUCACAGGAUCGGUGUGGACGUUAGGUGCAUC